AUGUCAGCCAGAGUCGCCGUUCAGGCUCCUGCGCAGGAUGCACAAGUGCCCACCACAGAUGCGCCCAAGGAGAACAUAUUCAUGUUCGUGCCAAACUUGAUUGGUAUGCUUAUCAUAUCAUGCUUGCUGGAUGCUCUCGAUGGCUACGCCGCACGUAGCUUCAACCAGUCCACAAAGUUCGGUGCCGUGCUGGACAUGGUGACUGACCGUUGCACCACCACCUGUCUUCUCGUCUUCCUGUCAACCGCCAUGCCACGCUGGAGUAUGGUCUUCCAACUCCUCAUCAGUCUCGACUUUACCAGUCACUACAUGCACAUGUAUGCCACUCUCGCCAUGGGCGGCAGCGGCAGCAGCCACAAGAACAUUGAUGCAAAGAGAAGCAAGAUCAUGCACCUCUACUACACCAACCGCACCGUCCUGUUCGUGUGCUGUGCCUUGAACGAGCUCUUCUUCAUUGCCCUUUACCUGCUCGCUUUCUCUUCGCCUUACCUUACCCCUUCGCUCUUGCAACCCACUGGUGAGGGUGCUUCUUUGCAGCCAGGUUCGCCAAUCAUGCCCCUUAAGCCUUCGACCAUCUUCUCCAGCCCAUGGUCCGCCGGCGCAAUGGAAAUGGCCAGAGCCAACAAGAUGGAUAGUACCGUCCCCUGGAUCCUAGUCGUCAUCUCCGCUCCCGUUAUGUUGUUCAAGCAAUGGGUCAAUGUUGUCCAGAUCGUCAAGGCCAGUGAGUGGCUCGCUCAGGGUGAUCUCGCCGAUCGCGCAAAGGCCGGUCUGCCCAAGAAGACACAAUAG